AUGCUCUCAGACUUCUUCUACCCCCAGCCUGGCGGGGUGGAGCUACAUAUCUACCAUUUGUCUCAAAAACUGAUUGAACGAGGACACUCAGUUGUGGUUAUUACACACGCUUAUGGUGACCGAACGGGCGUGCGAACGCUGACCAAUGGACUCAAGGUUUACUACGUUCCGUUCGCGGUUCUCUACCGUGAAGCUACGUUUCCUUCCGUCUUCUCGGCGUUUCCAAUUCUGAGAAAUAUAUACAUUCGCGAGAAAAUUAGCAUUGUUCAUGGCCACGGAACCUUCAGUUCGCUUUGCCACGAGGGCAUCUUCCAUGCCAAUACCAUGGGGCUCAAGACGGUGUUCACUGACCAUUCGCUGUUUGGAUUUGCGGAUGUAGGGUCAAUUCUAGGAAACAAACUCCUCAAAUUCACUCUCAGUGACAUCGACCAUGUCAUAUGUGUUUCGCACACUUGCAAGGAGAACACUGUACUGCGGGCAACUAUUGACCCGACGCGGGUUUCAGUUAUCCCAAAUGCUGUCAUCGCUGAAGAUUUUCAGCCGGCCCAAAAGCCACCUUCAACGGACCAUAUAACAGUGGUGGUAAUGUCGCGAUUGUUCCAAAACAAAGGUGCGGACCUUUUGACGGCACUAAUUCCACGGGUUUGCUCCAAGAUUCCAUAUCUCAACUUCUUGAUUGCUGGUGAUGGCCCGAAGUUCAUCGAUCUGGAACAGAUGCGCGAACAAUAUCAGCUCCAGGAUCGAGUUGAGCUCAUUGGAAGUGUAAAACACGAAGAGGUUCGCGAUGUCAUGAUCCAGGGCCACAUCUACCUACAUGCUUCGCUAACAGAGGCCUUUGGCACCGUUUUGGUUGAGGCCGCGUCUUGCGGUUUGCUAGUCGUCACCACCAAAGUUGGUGGAAUCCCCGAAGUUCUUCCAAGCCAAAUGACAGUGUUUGCCAAUCCAGACGAGGAUUCGUUGGUGGAUGCGCUCACGGAAGCAGUUGCUUCCAUCAAAGAGGGCACCAUCGACACCUCCAGGUUUCACGGACGAAUUAAAGACAUGUAUGACUGGGGCGAUGUUGCAGCAAGAACCGAGUCUGUUUACCGGGCAAUUGAUGCUCAGGACAAGCCUGAUCUUCUCACCCGACUCGUUGGCCACUAUGAAUGCGGACUGUUUGCAGGCAAAUUGUUUGUGCUAUGUGUAGUGGUUGACAUAUUCCUAUGGACUUUGCUCGAGUGGUGGUAUCCUGGCGAUAGCAUCGAGAUUGUGAAGAAGUGGCCGAGAAAGAAAAGGAAUGGGAUGAAGAAGUUUCAGAUAUAG